CAUCUCUGUCCCUCUCUCUCGCACACCAGUCCGUUUCACAGGCUCAGCACUGUCGCGCUGCGCAUACCCUGCUAGCUCUGCACGCCAGCAUCCCAAGGCACAGGGAGAAGAGGAGGACGGAGAAGCCGGGCCAUGGCGAGAGUUGAAGCCGUGGUCGUCUGCCUCCUGGUCCUCGCCAUGGACGCCGCUGCCGGCGUGCUCGGGAUCCAUGCGGAGAAGGCUCAGAGCCAGGGGCGGCACCUGCGGAUCCUGUUCAUCGAGUGCCGGCAGCCGGUGCGGCGGGCCUACGAGCUCGGCAUCGCGGCGGCCGCCGUGCUGGCGGCGUCGCACGCCAUCGCCAACGCCGCCGGCGGCUGCGCGUGCUCCUGCUCCGGCGACAAGCUCCGCCGCGCGUCGCCCAACCGCCAGAUGGCGUCCUUCGCCCUGGUCCUCACAUGGAUGGUCCUCGUCGUCGGGGUCGCGCUGCUGGUCCUGGGCGCGCUGCCCAACAGGAAGAACAAGCUGGCGGACUGCGGGGUGGCGCGCCACCGGUUCCUCUCCAUCGGCGGCGUCCUCUGCUUCGCGCACGCGCUCUUCUGCGUCGUCUACUACGCCUCCGCCAGCGCCGCGGCGCGGGAGGAACGCCGCGCGGCGACGCACGGGUAGCCGGCGCGCCCUGUCCGUGGCCGCGCGCGUCGUGCUAAUAUCUUCUUCCCCGUCUCCGUGAGGAGAUGGGUUGUAAUUUUGCUGGGUGUCUCGAACGGCCAUGCAUGGUACCUUGGCUUGGCGUCUUGGAGUUCUCCCCAUCGUGUGUUCGCGGACUGGCAGGCUCGACAUGUCAAUGAAACAUUGCAGGAACUUUUUUUGUCCUAGCACUCCCCAUCGACUAGUUUCAGUAGUCUUCUCGAUCAGGGCGCUCGAGAACAACCGGCGAGUUGACACGGCGUUCAGAAGUCAAGCUCCGUGUGAUUUAUUUGCCAGCUGCCCCAUUCGGGAUCGCCACUGGCAGCCGACGGAGCUCGAUCACUCGUGGAAAUGGAGGACUCGUCGGUUCACCUUGAUGAGGGGAACAGAUGCAUCAGCUGGCCGGUCGAUCUUCAGCCGAAUCAGUGUCAUGUCCUCCAUUUGAAUAUGGGAGUGUCACUGAAUGAAUGACGGUACAGCAACAGGCUCCCUGGCUGAAAUACGUACUGGAUCGCUUCAUGCUGGCAUAUGUGUACCGAAGUUCAGUCAUUUAGCCAUAUCCUCAUGGAGGCUAAAACUUCUUGAUCAUCAUCAGGCCAUUCAACCUAGGUCCAGAUCAUGGUAGCAAGAGAUCAAUAAUGGCCCUCAACUGCAAAGUUAGUUCUUCGCCCAUCUAAU